AUGCUGAAGCGCGUUGCGAGACGCCCGCCAUUUGCGAACAAACAGGAAGAUCGCCAGUUCAUCGAGUUAACAUCUCAGGAGACAACUAUGACGUGCUUUGUGGAGGGAUGUCAGGAAGACGAUGGCCUUAAGAAGGACCCGUUCCUUCUUGUGUGCGUGUCGUGUAUCCAGAGUGAAGCGGCGGAGAACUGCUCCAGGCCCUGCCGUAAAGGCCUUGAAGAAGAAGACACCUCUGUCUACGCAGACCAAGGCUGGGAAGAAGAAAGCAGCUCGCCUUCAGAGGCUGCCAACAGUCUUUUUACGGCCGCACCGGUACCGCUGUCUGCACCUCCGAUGUCAGAUCGUGGUGUGCCACUUACCGUUAAGCACGCGAGGAAAGCGGGCACUACAGACGAUAUCUGGGAUCUCAGCCACACGCUGGACGUGCCGUACAAAAAGCAAAACCCUUGGAAGCCGUCCACCCAACUAUAUCGCAACAUCUGCCUGUUGUGCUGCGAUACUAUCAAGUCCCGCUCCAAGACGAACCCAUAUAGUUGGGAAGCGGCUCUCAGGAAUACCAAGAACGCAAGCAAUGCAAAGGAUCACAUAAAACUGAAGCACGCCGACCAUCCUCUUGCCAUUCACGCGGAACAGAGUGCUACGGAUAAGUCCAGGAAAGAUGUCGAGUCCACCGAAGUGGAUUCCGCGUCCGUGUUGAACCUGACACGGGAUCCGGAUCAAAACCAAACGUCCAUUACUUCUCCUGACGAGGCGAUACUGGUGGCAGGAGGAAGUGCUUCUAAGCCCUUCUUCCGAGUGAGCGAGAAGACUUUGAACGUUCUCGUCUCGAAGCUCUUGAUCUCACAGGGACUACCGUACACGUUGUGCGAGUCCGCCGCUUUCAAGGACCUCAUUCGCGCUGCUACUGGAAACCCUGCGUUUCAAGUCCUGGGCCGCGACAGGCACGACCGUCUACUAAAUGGCCACUUUCAGCUAUUUUGCGAAUUGGUAGGUGAAUUGCUGUCCACUGAGUACGAGAAAGCUUGUAAUAUGAAGUUUCUCAAUCUCAUUCACGAUAUAUGGACAAGUUGUGGAAAGGAUAGCAUCGUAGGUGCAUCUGUCGCCUUUAUUGACAGUUUGUGGAGAUUCCGCUUUAUUGCGGUCCUCGCCUGCGUGAAGAAUGACGGCCACAAUGCCCCGGCCGUCGCUAAGGUCAUCGAGACUUUUGAUGCUUACUUCCAGUCUACGAAGGAUUCUACUAGCUCAUGGAGCGCUCUAACUGCUAAGGAUUGGAUGCUUGCUGUCGAAAUGGAGGCAGCCACCAAUUUCAUAGCCAAUCUUGCUCUGGUAGAGGUGCAGAGCGAGAACCUUGUGUCGUCGUACAUGGUUGUGUUUCGGCGGCUUGCAGAGAACAAGUUAGAGGCAUUCAAAUUUGAAUCCAUGGCUAUUGAGGCUCCUGGAGCCAAGGAUGCUAGCGAAGCGAGUCGUCGUCGAGCGACGAGGACGAGAGACCAGUUCUCGGACGCUGGUAAGACAUGUCUCCGAAGAACUCUCAUGCAGCUGCAGGCUCGUUUUCCCAAGGUAAUUACGGAGUCGAUGGCAUGUGUUCUGCUGGAUCCUAGGACAAAGUCCAGUGCGAAGAAGAUUGCCGCCGUCGGUAAUAUUCCACGCAAGGAGGAAAAAGCUAUCUACAAGAAUGGUGUUGACUUUAUUCGUGUCGAGCAUAGAAAAGUGUUUGCUCAGAUGACCAAACAGGGAAAGAUCUCUCUCUUGCAGCCGUCGCGGUCCCAAAGUAGUCUAUUGAGCCAAGACUCAUCGCCUUUUUCAUCGCCCUCAUCAACGGGCUGGGAUGACGCAGAUGAACUCUUACUAGGAGCACCUAUUCGGGCUACAAAGACAAGAGACGAGCUAAAGGAGACGGAGAUCAAUGCCAGAGCCGACGCUGUACUGCGAGAGUGGAUUGAUUUAGAACCAGAGUGGCUCGAGGUCGCCCAACGCCAGAGCCCCAAGAUCAAGAUUGAGGACUUGUCGAAGGACAUGUCGAUUGACGCACAGAGCGGGAUGCACUACGCUCUGUUGGGCCUCUACAAACAUAUAGAUGUGUAA